CGCGCUGUUCCUGCCGGAGCCCAACACCGUUCCUCGCGGCCACGAUGAUCCCUCCGAGCGGCGCCCGCGACGACGGCGUGGACGGGCUGCCCAGCCGGGCGGCGAGCGCCGAGCAGCCGCCCUCUCCUGCAUCCACCAGCAGCCAGAAAUCCAAGCUCCAGAAACUAAAACGAUCACUUUCUUUCAAGACCAAGAGUUUACGGAGCAAAAGUGCUGACAACUUCUUCCAGCGAACCAACAGUGACGUGAAGUUGCCAGCCGACAUGCUGGCCGAGGUCAGCCCCAGCUCCAGCCCACUCCCUGCUCCUGGAAGCCUGACAUCCACGCCCACCAGGACUGGCCUGCACCCAGGUAGCGGCAAGGCCCAUGCCUUUCAGGAACACAUCUUCAAGAAGCCCACUUUCUGUGACGUCUGCAACCACAUGAUCGUGGGAACAAACGCUAAGCAUGGACUACGCUGCAAAGCCUGUAAGAUGAGCAUCCACCACAAGUGCACUGAUGGCCUAGCACCCCAGCGGUGCAUGGGCAAGCUGCCAAAGGGGUUUCGGCGUUACUACAGCUCCCCCUUGCUCAUUCAUGAACAGUUUGGAUGCAUUAAAGAAGUUAUGCCCAUUGCCUGUGGCAAUAAGGUGGACCCUGUCUAUGAGGCCCUGCGCUUCGGCACCUCCCUGGCCCAGAGAACAAAGAAGAGCAGCUCCGGCAGUGGCUCUGAAUCGCCUCACAGAACCUCUACUUCAGAUCUCGUGGAGGUUCCUGAAGAAGCUGAUGGGCCAGGAGGGGGGUAUGAUCCAAGGAAACGCAGCAACAGCGUGUUUACAUAUCCAGAAAAUGGCACUGAUGAUUUCAGAGACCAAGCAAAGAACAUAAACAACCAGGGACCUUUUUCCAAAGACCCAUUACAGAUGAACACCUACGUUGCCUUGUAUAAAUUUAUUCCACAAGAGAAUGAAGAUUUGGAAAUGAGGCCAGGAGACAUGAUUACUCUCUUAGAGGAUUCCAAUGAAGACUGGUGGAAAGGAAAAAUUCAAGAUAGGAUUGGCUUCUUUCCAGCCAACUUUGUCCAGCGAGUCCAGAAAAAUGAGAAGAUUUUUAGAUGUGUUAGAACCUUCAUUGGGUGUAAGGAACAGGGGCAGAUAACACUGAAAGAGAAUCAGAUCUGCGUGACUUCUGAAGAAGAACAAGAUGGCUUUAUCAGAGUCCUCAGUGGGAAAAAGAGAGGCCUUGUGCCCCUCGAUGUCCUAGAAAACAUCUGAUGGCUGGCCUCUCCUCCCUUUGCACCUCUACUAAGAUGCCGUCUGCCUCAUCUCACACUGUGUCAAUCCAGAAGAGCUGCCACAGCCCCCCAUGAAAUAGUGAGACAAGACUCUAAGAUCUGAGACCAUGGAGUAACCGCCACAGAGCAGAGGGCCCAUUGCACGGCAUAUCCAGGCUACUCAGGUGGGGAUAAGGCUGAGAGUUGGCCAGCAGAGCCAAGUGUCAUGCCCUACUGCAGCAGCAGGGCUGUAAAACACAGCUGUCCCCAGGACUCAACUGCUCCCCUGUCCAUGUGGUAUAGGUUAACCCACUGGACUGUGCUCCAGUUUGUGGUGUGGCCCCCGUACUAGGUUCACAUCCAUGUAACCAAGUAUUCUGGUUCCAGUCCCCAGAACCACCAGCCAACAUCAUCACAUUUCAGACCAAGGCAGUCUCUCUGCAGAGCUUCGGGGUCUGCAUCCUAGCCUCCAACAUUCCACUGUUGCCUCCCCCAGGAGCCCCUCACUUUACAAUUGUGCUAAAUAAGGCAGCCAGCUUGUUCUUUCUUUCUCUUCAGUUCUCCAUGUAAGUCCUGCUGGUGUGCAUCAGAUGUGAGGGCUGGGCUGACCUGGAACUUUCUGCAAAGACCUGCCCUGCUCAAAGACUGCUGACAGUCCAUCCUUCCUGCUGCUCUUGUUACUGGCAGAGGUGGCAAUGCAGGACAGAGAGUAGAGGCACAAGGGUGGAAGGGCAGUGGGAGUAAGGUGCAGCCAAGAGCCCUUAUUUAUUGAAGAUUAAACAGCCCUUGCCAUUACAAAGUCCCUUCCUGAAGGAAAUGAAGCUGGAGAGGAGAAUGUGGCAAAAAUUCUCCAUUCUCAUUUUUCUUCCUCUGUAUCGGGGGCAGCAUUUUCCUCAUGCCAUCCCGUAGGACUCCGUUUUGGAGGUUGAGCCCACCUUGCAGGGCACCAGGAACAUGAAGAGGAACCAACAACAGCAUCUUAGAAGAAAAGUAGCCAAAUCAUAAUCCAUUCAUCUUUAGGGCUGUAUAAUAUAUCCUAGCAGAUGGGAAAUGGAAAAGACCCUUAAUGCUUCAUCCCUCUGGAAUCAGAGGAACUUGGGGCCUAGUUAGCAUCAUCUAGGGAAAUCUCAGUCACUCUGUACUUGUACCAAUGUUUACAAGAAUGCAAAAUACUGUGAUGCCUUCCUCCUCAAGCCUCCUCCUAGCAUUGCACCCUCGUCGUCAUCAAUACGGUUCAACUUCAGUUCACGCCUUAGCAUCAAUGUCAGUUUCAUUUUUUUUCUUUUUUGUUACCGAGCAAUAAAAUCAUUAGAACAUAUGGUUUUUAAAAGACUGUGUAUCCUGUGUGUGCAUGUAAGCAUCCUUUCCCAAGCCAAAGCAUCAUUUAGUGCCCUUUUUUUUUUUUAUUUAUUUGUGUCGUUGUUGUUACUUCUCAUGGUGAUAAUGGGCGAUGAGAUGGGAUAACUGCUGGUUUCACAAUAGUUUGGAUGCCUUACUCUCAUUUUAAAGCCAGCAUCCAGAAUUUUCUCAAUCUGAUACAGCCUGUAAAAACCAAGUGUACAGAGUCAGCAUGGAUUCCCUGACAGCCAGAGUGGGUAAUAUGACUGCCUUUCUAUAAAUCUGAAUACCAAGUACAAACACUCUUUGCCUCUAAUUCAUGAUUUCAUUUAAUAAAGAUAACACAGUGGCUGGA